AUGAUUCCAGACACCGAGGGCCGGGAAUAUCACAAGAAUACAAGAGGGUUUAGCUGGCCGAGCUAUCUAGGCCAGAUAAAGGAAUUCCUGUCCGUGCCCAGGUCCUAAAAUUCAUCGUUCAGCCACUAUUCUCUACUAUACUUUUCAGAUCGACUAUCCAUUCCAGUCCACUUCAUAUACCUUCCGCCAUGGCAUCCUCCGACGAUCAGUGCGAGGUACCCGAGCUGCUUACCCGCUUCACUAGCUGGAAGCAUCCUCAGACGGCCCACAUAUUCCAGUACUCCAGGCUGAGCUGUGACCGCUCACUGAAAGAAGUCUCCCAGAAUGAGGUUAUCUCGCGCAAUGGCGAAUUUGCCGCAUGCGGAGGUCUCUACGGAAGCUGGGUCUACCCUGGCGGCGAUGCUGAGAGGAUCAAGGUCGUCGCCGACUUUUAUUCAGCUUGGGUCUUUCUGGAUGACCUCAUCGACAACAGCAUUGACAUGAAAUACACAUGCGAUGUGCUUGACGACAUCAAGGCCCGGGUGGCAGGUCCUCGCCAGGGCAACCAAGGCCUUGACCAUUUAUUCAGGCUCUGGAGUCAUGAGGGCUGGAACAGCGAACUUCUUCAGCUGUCAAAGGCUGAAAUAGAUCUCUGGCUCCACUGUACCCAGGCUCUUCGGAAGAUUGAAGUGGAACAAGAACCAGUCUCUGUGGAGGAAUACUUGACCUACAGGCAGACCAAUGCCGCUAUGGGUCUCAUGUUUCUCAUCGUGCCAUUCACGAGGCCAGAUCUUGCCGAUGACCUCCUUCGUCUGCGCAAAUGGUCACCAGAUACCCUGAAGAACAUUUUCAGCUACAGUGGCCGAAAUAUGGGCGUGAUUCUCGACCUAUACAAGCUCAAUGCGCACCAUGCCCAGAUCACCGAAUACAGCCACAUCGCUGCCAUUGUUCAGCAGAAUUCCGACACCCGCAUAGACUUCCAGCAGGCUGUUGACCGCUCAGCUGAGAUAUUUCACGAGUAUGAGGACAAGCUUGCCGUUGAGUUCGCCAAGGUGGCUACCUUGAGCCCCCGACUCGCCAAAGCGUUGGAGGAUGUUCACGCCGGUAGCAUUGCUUGGCUCAACCUCAUGCGCGGCCGCAGAUACGUCAAGAAGACCCAGUCGCGACGUCGAAGCUAUGGUGGAAAGAUCGCUGCGAUCAUCAUCUGUGGGCUCCUCCUGGCUACUAUUCUUAUCCUAUGGCUAUGGCCUUCUUUGUGGUCUCAUUAUGUCCCCAUUGGAGGCAGACAAAUCUUUGCAGACAUGUAAUCCAAUACACAGAACUGGGAAACCAAGGUGAAGGAGCUUUCAUUUUGCUUUCGUUUUAUUUCACGACAUAUUAUGACAUUGGGCGGCUAGCGUAACUGAAUUAGUUUUCUGAAGUCUGCAGUAAAUAUCACAUGUUUAUACCGA